AUGACGGAAAGGAAGCAGUGCUGGGAGUGCCUGAAGCGGCGGCUCGUGUGCGAUCUCACGCGACCGCGAUGCAACAAAUGCUUUGCGCGGGGCGUCUCAUGUCCGGGGUACGACCACAAGCCGUUGAAAUGGAUCGCGCCUGGGCAGACGAGGUCCAAGCGACGCGGUGUGCGCAAAGAUAAGUCAACUGGCGACCAGAGGCGACCGCAGGAGGAGGAGGAGAGCGCGAGUGAACGCCAGCUUGUCGUUUCGCCUUCGAUUGACCUGUCGAGCGAGAUUACUUCGUUACUUGAUGCCAUCCAGUAUUACAACGAACAUAUUUGCCCCGACAUGCUGGCUACGGGCCUGACCGGCUCACACAACCCCUUCUUCACGUCUCUCUCCGUGGCCGCCGAUCUCCCCGAGCCCAUCAAGGAAGCACUCAUCUCCACUGCCCUCGGCCAUCGCAUUCUCCAGAGCAGUAACGAGCGGCCCGGCGACGAGACGGCAAUCCUCGCGACCCGACUUCAAACGCAUCGGGGCGCCGCCAUUCGGACCCUCGCAGAUGCGCUCUCUCAACCCAAGACGCAGACAAGCGACGCCGUGAUUGUGUCCAUUUUCGUCUUUCUGCUCUCCGAGAUCCAGCAGUCCAUUUCUACCAACUGGCGGCACCACCUCGACGGGGCGGCUGCCAUCAUUCAGGAGCGAGGCGGGCUGCCGAACCUCGUCAUGUCGCGGCCCUUGUUUCGCAACCUUCUUCAGUACUUUGUCCUCAUAGACGUGAUAGGCAGCACCACCGCGCCGUCGGUUGGCACGGAACCCGCUCGCCGUAACCUGGAGCUUGUGCCCCUGCUACCACUGCUCUUUGGCAGCGAGCUUCAAACGUGCAUUCCGUGCCCGUCGGGGUUGUUGCGGUGUAUCAUUCGGAUCAACGCCCAGCGAGCUCGACUUCAGGAGGACGGAGAUGCCAUUGGGGGUGCCGGGACUGACCGCCUAUCCUCUGGUCUGGAGCUCUUGCGGCAGAUCAGGCAGUUCUCGCCCCAGAGCUGGGCCGCGGAGAUCAAGAUGGCGGCAAUACAGGGAGCGAGCCGGCAGACCAAGUUCAUCGCCUCCCAAGGCCUCGACAUCCCUUCGCCGAAAUUCACGGCGUCGUGGGAUUGGCAGCGCAUCGCCACAAUCUACCAGGCAGCAAUCGCCUUAUACUGCAUCUCGUCUCUCCUCGGCACAGAGGUGACGAGGGGCAUGGCGCCGUCCGCAUCGACAACAUACAACGACACCUGCGUCGGGGUUAACAACAUGCGCAUCGAGUACUGCUCCUCGCUGCUGCAUCACCUGCAAGUCAUCGCAGCCGACGCCAAUUCUCAGCUGCGCAAGAUGGUCAUCUGGCCGCUCGUCAUGGCAGGCAUCGAAGUAGACCCGAUGGAUGAGGCCUCCCGGCGGUUCAUAGAGGGCGAGCUAGGGUGGAUGAGCCGCACUCUCGGAAUUGCAUCGCCACUCAUCGGAAGGCAGUUCUUGGGGCGACUUUGGGCGUCCCGGGCGUCGUGGCACCAGAGGCGUGGGCAGAGCUGGGAUGGCCUGUUUGAUAGACCGUACAUUUUCGCACUUUAA